AAGACACGGUUAGCUAACCUAGAGCACUAGUAACCAAGAUAAGCUAGCUAAGCUAGCUUCACAAGUCAAAGUGUAAGUUCUUUGUGAGCACUGUCGUUGCAUAAUGAGCAACGGCACAGAGACUUUAAAUCCUCUUUAAACCUCCUGCCAGCUCCAGAUUUAAGUACUAGCCAGAGCGAGGAGCUCGACUUUUGAGGAAGCUUGAUAUUUCUCCGAACGUUUUAGACACCAGUGUGUACGGACGGGACCUGACGUGACGCGGCAGUGGGGCUGGCUUUCCUCCACUCUGCCUGCAUUCAUAAACGGAUAUGAUAAACCAGCGCUGAAUGCACCGGAGCAGCGACAACAGUCAGCUCUGACCAUGGCGGAAGAGGACGACGCGAGGAUUCGGAUUUUACAGAGCCUGCGGGGUAAAAUAUGUGAAGCUAAGAACCUGGGUCCGGUCUCAGGUCCAAAUCGACAAAGGGAUCUCUGUACUUUUUGCACCAUAAGUCUGGAUCAGGAGGAGGUGUUCCGCACCAAGGUGUUUGACAAAAGUGUUAGCCCUUUCUAUGGAGAGGACUUCUACUUUGAGAUCCCACGCCCGUUUCAGUGUUUAUCCUUCUAUGUUUAUGCCAAGAGCGUUUUCCAAAGGGAACUACCUGUUGGCAAGGUGUCAAUCAGGAAGGAUGACCUGUGUAAAUACAGUGGGAAGGAGCUCUGGUUUAGCCUUCACCCAGUAGAUCCUAACUCAGAAGUUCAGGGUAAGGUUCACUUGGAGAUGCGUUUGAAUGAACUGAUCACAGAGUCCGGAUUAAUAGGCCAACACUUAGUUGUCCGGAUAAUAGAGUGCCAGGGACUGCCUUUGAUCAGUGGGCAGAACUGUGACCCCUAUGCCACCGUGUCACUAGUUGGACCUGCCAGGUCUGACCAAAGGAAAACAAAGGUAAAGAAGAAAACCAGCAACCCUCAUUUCGAAGAGACCUUCUUCUUUGAGGUCACACGGUCCAGCAGCUACUCUAAAAAGUCUCAUUUCCAAGUAGAGGAGGAAGACAUUGAAAAACUUGAGCUUAAAGUGGAUUUGUGGAACAAUGAGAAUCUAGCUCAGGAUGUGUUUCUGGGGGAGACGCGGGUCCCUGUCAAGGUCCUGCGAGAUGACCACAUCCACAAAGCCUGGUAUCUCCUCCAGCCCAAGGGGAACGGCAGCAAGUCCAAGUCAGACGAUUUGGGAUCCUUGCGUCUGAGGCUGACCUACAUAGAAGACACGGUGCUGCCAUCUGCCUGCUACACACCACUCUGCAACCUGCUGCUCAAAUCCCCAGAUGUGAAGCCCAUCUCGGCGUCAGCAGCACACAUCUUGGGGGAUAUCUGCAGAGAGCGAUACGAGGCUGUGCUGCCGACGGUUCGACUGCUGCUUCACCACAAUCGCUUUGUGCCUUUUGUCUCUGCUGUGGCAGCGCUGGAGCUGGACAACACUCAGGAGGCUAACACUAUAUUCCGUGGCAACUCACUGGCAACACGCUGCAUUGAUGACAUGAUGAAGAUUGUGGGAAAGAAUUACCUGGCGGUUACCCUGAAGCCUGUAAUAGAUGAGAUCUGUGAAUCCAACAAAACAUGUGAGAUAGACCCCAAUAAAUUAAAGGAAGGAGACAAUGUGGAGGUCAACAAGGAAAACCUACAGGGUUAUGUUCAGAAAGUCUUUUCCUCCAUCACGCAGUCCAGUUCCAGCUGUCCCCCACUGAUGUGUGAUGUCUUCAGGUCACUGAGACACUUGGCCUGCAAACGAUUCCCUGGUGACCCACAUGUUCAGUACUCAGCCGUCAGCAGCUUUGUGUUCCUGCGGUUCUUCGCUGUUGCCGUUCUUUCUCCACACACCUUCCAACUCCGUUCCCAUCAUCCUGAUCCUGAGAUUUCCCGCACACUCACACUGAUUUCAAAAACAAUCCAGACUCUGGGCAGCUGGGGUAGUUUGUCAAAAAAACUGUCUAGUUUCAAAGAAACCUACAUGUACGACUUCUUCAAAUCAUUCCAAGAAGACAAGUGUAUAGAAAAAGUAAAAAAGUUUCUUGAUGAGAUCUCCUCUAACGUCAGCAAGGAGUCCAGUGGACUGGAGGAUGCGGUAGUUCUCAAGGAGGGGGAGGUACAGAAACGUGCCCAGGGGAGGAAACGCCUGGGCAAGAGAAACUUCAAGAAGAGAUGGCUCAGAGUGACCAACAGGGAGCUCUCCUACCACAAACAUAAAGGGAAAGAGGCCCUCUGCAUCAUCAAUGUCAAAAAUAUCAAGGCGGUGGAGAAACUGGAUGAAAGUGCCUUUAACCGCAAAAAUAUGUUUCAGGUGGUUCACUCUGAGAAGCCUCUGUAUGUGCAAGCAGGAAACUGUGUGGAGGCCAGCGAGUGGUUGGAGGUCUUAGGUCAGGUCAGUCGCUGCAAUGAGGGACGUCUUAGUACCUUCCAUCCGUCGAACUACACCAGUGGAGCCUGGCAGUGCUGCAAAAGCCCGAGUAACAACGAGCCCGGCUGUAAGCCCUGCACAACCACCGUGCUGGCCAACCUGCAGCUGGACAUCGACUGUGACCGAGAAACGGAGAGAAUUUUCUCCCUCCUCUCGUCAAACGAUACCAAGCUCCAGAACAUGGAGGAUGCUUGUGCCAGUAUGGCGGUGUACCAGGGCCCGCAGCGGGAGCAGGAGGACUACUCCAAGUUCACCAUUCAGGAACCCAAAGAGACCUUUCAGACACUGAAACAGCUUCGGAACAUAAUGGAGGAACUUCAGAGGCAGCACAAUAUCAGGAACGACACCGCCGCACAGUACGGGAGCCGGGACAACCCCAUUGUAGGGAAAACCUCUUAACCAGUGCAGGGAGGUGUGGCCUGAAACAGCCAUACCAGCAGGGGUCGCUACACCACAGUGAGCGCAAAGGGAGCCCUGGGAGUUUUCUCAGCGAGAGCGCCCUCUGUGUGUCCAGGAGAAAGAUGAACGAUACACCCUGACCUCCAGACAUCAUGAGUCCACUACAGCAGUGACAGCCUUAGAACAAGAACCAGAACGAGCUUGUGAGCUCCUCCAGGAUCUCUCCCCGGUCCUCGAAAACGAAACGAACCCUGAGGUGUUGUUUUCUUUGGCAGUACGUUGCCUCAUCUCCUCCCCCCCCCCCCCCCCUUAUAAAGAGACUCUUCUCCUCGUCUUAAUUUAUGUCCUCUGUGUGGAAAAGGCAUCAUUAGAUGGUGUGUGAAUAGGCUGCUAAUUUUUUUUAUUCACCCGGUUUUAUAUCAACAGCUGUGAUGAUGCUCUCCCAACCUUUUAAGGUUUUGCUCUGACACCUGUCUUUAGAGUUGAUUUGAUAAUCAUCAUCUUUCUAGAGGGUCGACCUCUACUUGUGCCCCGUUUAUCUUUCUCUACUCUUUGAGUGUCCUUCCUCGUCUGAACAAAUGUGUAUAUAUAUUUUCAGAGGACAGCUGAGUAGAUGAAACCGAUCUGCCUUACUUCAAUGGAUGUUUCUUUCACAUUAAAUGCUGAGGGAAUAAUACAGAAGCACUUUAAAUAUUUGGAGCACUCCAAAUGGAAAUGAUUAGAUACUUGGUAUCAGCUUUCCCCAUUUCGAUCAGUUACAUGAUCUCGAGUACGUUUAUGUUUCAUUCCUGUACAAUAACAUUUUUAGCCUGUAGAUUUUAAGAUAUUUUUCUUGACCAAAGACAAUUUCAUAGGUUUGACUUGAAAAAAAAUUAAUGUAUUUUGAAUACAGAUGUUUUAAAAAUGGAGACAAAUAUAUAUAUAUAUAUAUAUGUGUAUAUAUGUGUGUAUAUAUACAUAUAUACAUAUAUACAUGUGUAUAUACAUAUAUAUAUGUGUAUAUAUAUAUAUAUAUAUUUGGUUUCUGUUCCUGUGUUUGCCUCUACUUUGCUACAUGCAGACUGCAUGCUUUCGGUUUUGAAUCCUGAUAGCACAUGAUUGUGGUUAUAGAGUUGUUUUUGUGUUUGUGUUUGAUUGUGAAUCGUAUCGGUACGGUGUACAUCAGAUCUGUGCUGUCCUGUCGAGAGCAUCUCAACAUAUCUAUAGUGGCUUAUGUGAGAAAACGGAGGAGAAAUGACCAGAAUGACAAAUUAACCCCCAUCAUUACUAAAUUAGUCCAGACAAUCGCGGCACCUGACAAACACAUCAUGUCCUUUGUUUUUCUUUUUAACUUUCCACACCAGCAACACUCCACAGCUCCAAGCUGUUGUACUCAAAAGGUUUUAGAGAAUCAGUUUAAAAUGUGACACUUUGUGGCUUAAAGUUUAAAAGUCAGCUUUUAAACUAACAGCUGUUAGUCACAGCACUCCACUGCCAGAAGAGUCGAGUAGAGUCUGUGUAGUAAAACAAGGUUAAAGGAAAAAAUUAUAAUUCACAUUAUCACAAUCUGUAUGUGACUAAUAUUUUAGCAAUCUUAAUCACUUUUAUCCUAACAUCAAAUCAUCAGCAUAUCUUACAGAAGUAGGGACAAAACAGUUUUGGAAAACAGUCUAUAAGUUGUCAAAGUUGAUGAUAAAUGCUCAUCACAAGCUGUCAGAAACCAACAUGAAGAAAAAUGUUUUCCUGUUGGUCAAACUGAACUUUAAAUAUUCAGUUUGUAAGAUGAAACCGAUGGAAGCAACAGAAUCCUCAGAUAUUUUGUCUCUAACCAGCAAAUUUUUAGACGUUUCUACAGAUGCUUUUUCUGUCAACUCAUCAGUUAAUCAGCAAAUCUUUUUUUUUUGUGCUGGAGAAAAUUGAACAAUCAGACUUUUAUUUCAAUCCUGAAUCUCUCUCUCUCUCUCUCUCUCUCUCUCUCUCUCUCUCUCUCUCUCUCUCUCUCUCUCUCUCUCUCUCUCUCUCUCUCUCUCUCUAUUUUUUUGCCCAUUUGAACAAUGAAGUGUUGAGAAGAUGCAAAAGAAACUUGAAUUUAAUUUAACAACCACAGUUGAACAUUUAAUGCUGAUAAUACAGGGUUGACUGUGUACUUUCCUUUCUCUCUUUGGUCCGUCAUAUAUUUCUAACAUGCAUGUCUUUGUGUAUUUAACAAUAUAUUUUUCUAGGAAAUUUUUUGUAUCUUCUUUUUUUUUUUUUUUUUAAACACUGAUUUAAUGUGUUGCUAUACUGGUACGGUACCUUGUUCCUUGUCCUGCAGCGCUUCUUUUGGUUUCGUCCCUGACUGUGUGUGGUUGUAGCUGCUGCCAAAAUGUCCACUUAUCGAUAGCUUGACGCAGUGUUACUGAAGUGAAUAUUGUGUGUAAUGUUCUACAUGUUCACGUGCAGGCUGUAAGGUAAUGAAAUAUCUAAAGGGAACCAAAACACAACUGUUGACUUUAGGAAAUAAUGAACUUUGCCUGUGUUUGUGAAAAAGGACCAAAUUUCAACAGCGUACAUGGAUCUGAAUCUUAACUAAUGACGGCAUUAAGUAAUCGCUGUAUGUGCUGUAUGAGCUCGCAUGUCGACUCCAUUGCUAGUUUUAAAAAGGCCAGUGAACAGGCUGUGGUGCGCUCACCGUCAUAUGAAGGUGAACGUGUUGAUGGCUUUUAUUUCCACUCACUCGGUCACUGAAUUAUGUUUUUCAUCUGCUUUUAAGAAGGGAUAUCUUCCGUGUCCACACAUUGUCUGUAAGUGAAAACAGUCUUUGUCAGAAUGUGGAUGGAAAUUCAUGCAGUGGCCUGGUAGUCGCUGAAGUGCAUGAGGCCAGUAGUCCUCCCAGCUUUGACGUGAUGGACGGUGGCCAAUUUUUUGUCAUACUUUUACCAAACCGAAAGGGACGUGAUCAUAUUUGCUUUGAACUAUCACAUGAAUAAUUCGCACAUCCGAUGUGUGUUUCUGAGCACUUCAUAUCAAUUCCAGAAAUGAGGGAAAAGUUUUUUUUAUGCAAGUACAACAUUUGAUUCUUAGGGUCUGUCAACCCGAGUUUAUUGUCAAAGCAUCAAAAACAAUGUAUGAAUUACUUUUCAAACCGGGGCACAGAAUUGCAAAACACUCUUUUUUUUGUUCUGCCAAUCACCUUACAUCUGUUCUGUCAAAGAGAAGAGAGCACGAGUACAGUACACAAACAAAAGAUUGUUGUUCGGAGAUGUAAGAGUUUCUUAAUGUCCGGUGCACAGUCAGACCGCGGAGCAUGACUCACGUCUUCUGAAUGUCUCCACACUGCUCGAGUACAAUGUCUGUUCUUUUUGUAUACACAUGAAACAUUUUAUUUUCCAUACAUGGUCUUUACUGUGUCCAUUUGAAACAAUUUACAAUAAACACUUUGUGAACGAUU